CUUCAUCUUCCUUUUUCACUGUCUGAUGAAGGAAAACGUCAGGAAACAAUGGAGGAUUCACCUCUGCUUUGGACGACUCCGACUUGAAGAGUAUUCUGAGUGGAGCAACUCGGCAUCAGUUGGAGUGCUGGCCAAACCCAAAUCGAAUCCCCCAAGAGCAUCAGUACCAUCGGUCCACUCGGUCAAGUCCAACUCCACAGACAGCACUUCAGCUUCCUCCGACUCCAGCCAAAGAGACUCAUCCUGCAGGAGACCAAACCUGGGCCUUUUUGUGAAUUCAUUGACAGUCCCUCGAGCUGAGAGAAGCUGUGCAGGUACAGAUGCUCCGCCUACCCGCAGGGGGAUAAACCCAACACCUGGCUGGAGGAACCACUUGCUCGGCCAGCAGGAAGAAAGAUAAAUAGACGACAUAAAGUACAUAUGAAUCUGCAUAAACACACACGCAGACAUGCAAAUCCCAGAAACUUUCAUGAAAAGCUUUAAAACGGAAACAGUGGUGUAUUUCUGUACAAUCUAUGUAAUUCAUGCAGCAUAGAGCCACAACUGUGAAGCAUCAUUGUAUUUGAGCUUCAUUAUACUAUUUUAUCAUGCAAUUCUGUUUUUUUUUUUUUUUGCCAAAUAUUGUAAAAGAGCCUGUAAUUAUGAGGACAUGAGUAGUUGCAUCGGCUGCAAGGAGGAGUUGGUUGCCAAGCAACUGGUGAGUGGAACCAUGGUGACAAUGAACCACGGUUCAGUUUGCAUGAAAAAAUAAUAAAAUUUUAAAUUUAAGAUGA